AUGUGGCUGUGUGAUUUGUUUCUGUGGCUUGAUCUGAGGGGAAUGCUGCUUUUUAUUUUUGCCGUUCUCGUCGUUAUGUAUUUUUUGAACAAAAAGGAUCCACCCAACUUUCCACCAGGACCACCAUCUCUCCCUCUUUUAGGAAACGUUUUCAACAUUGAAUCCAAACAGCCUCAUAUUUACUUAACCAAGCUAGCUGAAGUUUAUGGGAAUGUGUUCUGCAUACGUCUGGGAAGACACAGAACGGUGUUUGUGUCUGGGUGGAAGAUGGUGAAGGAAGCCAUAGUGACACAGGCAGACAACUUCGUGGACAGGCCUUUCAGCCCGAUGGUGACCAGGAUUUAUUCAGGGAACUCAGCGGGUCUUUUCUUCAGUAAUGGGAACGUCUGGAGGAGACAGCGGCGUUUUGCCAUGGCCAUGUUACGUACCUCUGGUCUGGCCAAGAGCUCCAUGGAGCAGAGCAUCUGUGAGGAGAGUCAUCAUCUGCAGGAGGCGAUGGAGAAGGAGAAAGGUGAACCAUUUGAUCCUGUGCCCCUCUUAAACAACGCUGUGGCCAACAUCAUCUGCCAGAUAGUGUUUGGGAGGCGCUUUGACUACAGCGACCACAACUUCCAGAGCAUGCUGAAGAAUCUGACUGAAAUGGCCUAUUUGGAGGGCUCCAUAUGGGCUCUACUAUAUGAUGCAUUCCCAGCGCUGAUGAAACACCUGCCGGGCCCUCACAAUGGCAUCUUCAGCAGCUCCAAAUCUUUGGAGGCAUCUAUUAGGGAAGAGAUAGAGAGACACAAGUUGGAUCUGGACCCCAGCAACCCACGAGAUUACAUCGACAGCUUCCUGAUAGAGGAGACACACAACAGAAACAGCGAACUGCGUUUUGACGAUGGCAACCUGGUUCUGUGCUGUCUGGAUCUGUUCCUGGCUGGUAGUGAAACCACUUCGAAGACCCUGCAGUGGGGCCUCAUCUACCUCAUCAAGAAUGCUUAUGUCCAGGAUAAAGUCCAGGCAGAGAUAGACAGAGUGAUCGGAGAGAGCCGCCAGCCCACGAUGGCAGACAGACCCAACCUGCCCUACACUGAUGCCGUCAUCCAUGAGAUCCAGAGGAUGGGAAACAUUGUUCCUCUAAAUGGACUCAGAAUGGCCGCCAAGGACACGACACUGGGGGAUUACUUCAUACCCAAGGGAACCUCAGUGAUGCCCAACCUGACCUCUGUGCUGUUUGAUAAGACUGAAUGGGAAACUCCAGACACAUUUAACCCUGAACACUUCCUGGAUGCUGAAGGGAAGUUUGUGAGGAGGGAGGCAUUUUUACCUUUCUCUGCAGGAAAGCGUGCAUGUCUGGGCGAAGGCCUGGCGAGAAUGGAGCUGUUCCUGUUUUUCGUCAGUUUGUUCCAGAAAUUAAAUUUUUCUACUCUGGAUGGAGUUGAGCUGAGUACAGAGGGAAUCAUUGGAGCCACCCGCACGCCGUACCCCUUUAAGAUCUAUUCCAAAGCCCGCUGAAUCCUGCAACCUAUCCUCUACUAUAGACUGUUACAGCAAAGCAUAAAAAUAUUAUGCGUCUUUAUAUACAUAUAGACAACACGUGCUGAAUCUGUGGUUAGUUAUCCUGUCAACACCAGACCAUUCAAGUUUUUAAACCAAUCCAGCAGAGACAGCUUUUAAUAAUAUGUCCCGUCUACAACAUGUGUGUGAAAUACUGGAGCUGAUGGUGACACAAGGAAUUGUUUCAUACAAGGGGAAGGCCACAACACAUACUCGCAUCAUGUCAUGAAUUAUCUUUUGUCCAACACUAACACGGUUAUAUACCUAGCAGGUAGCAGCACAACUCUCCAAAUAGCUUAUCAAACAUGUCUAUUAUUAACCAAUUAACAAUAUAUAUGAUUUCAGUAGGAAUAUUGCCCACUAUAAAAAUAAACGGCCAGAUUUCGUUCUGUCUCUC